AUGGUGAUGGAGGUGGGCGGCCUGGACGCGGGCGGCCUGCGGACGCUGCUGCGGGAGCGCGCGGCGCAGGUCCUGCUGCUGGACUGCCGCUCCUUCUUCGCCUUCAACGCGGGCCACAUCGCGGGCUCGGUGAACGUGCGCUUCAGCACCAUCGUGCGGCGCCGCGCCAAGGGCGCCCUGGGGCUGGAGCACAUCGUGCCCAACGCCGAGCUGCGCGGCCGCCUGCUGGCCGGCGCCUACCGCGCCGUGGUGCUGCUGGACGAGCGCAGCCGCGCCCUGGACGGCGCCAAGCGCGACGCCACCCUGGCCCUGGCGGCCGGGGCGCUGUGCCGCGAGGCCGGCGCCACCCGCGUCCUCCUGCUGCAAGGAGGAUACGAAGCGUUCUCGGCGUCCUACCCCGAGCUGUGCAGCAAGCAGCCGACCCCCCUGGGACUCAACCUUCCCCUGAGUACUAGCGUCCCUGACAGCGCCGAAUCGGGGUGCAGUUCCUGCAGCACCCCGCUCUAUGAUCAGGGUGGCCCAGUGGAGAUCCUCCCCUUCCUGUACCUGGGCAGUGCCUACCAUGCCUCCCGCAAGGACAUGCUGGACGCCUUGGGCAUCACCGCCUUGAUCAACGUCUCGGCCAACUGUCCCAACCACUUUGAGGGUCACUACCAAUACAAGAGCAUCCCAGUGGAAGACAACCAUAAGGCGGACAUCAGCUCCUGGUUUAACGAGGCCAUUGACUUCAUAGAUUCCAUCAAGAAUGCAGGUGGGCGGGUGUUCGUCCACUGCCAGGCAGGCAUCUCCCGAUCGGCCACCAUCUGCCUCGCUUACCUCAUGAGGACUAACCGUGUCAAGCUGGAUGAGGCUUUUGAGUUUGUGAAGCAGCGAAGGAGCAUCAUCUCCCCCAACUUCAGCUUCAUGGGCCAAUUGUUACAGUUUGAAUCCCAGGUCCUGGCCCCCCACUGCUCGGCAGAGGCAGGGAGCCCCGCCAUUGCCGUGCUUGACAGGGGCACCUCAGUCUUCAACUUCCCUGUCUCCAUCCCCGUGCACACAGGAAGCAGCGCACUGAGCUACCUACAUAGUCCCAUCACCACCUCUCCUAGCUGCUGAGCCCCCUCCCUGCCUACCUGCCAGAUGUCAUCUACCUAACCCCCCCCAGACUUGCAGUGACUGCAGGGAGCCAGCUCAGGAGGGCUGGCCCUUAUUUAUUCUCAAUUCAGCCCUGCCUGUUCCACUGGGUUCCCUAGUGUGCAAAGUGAUGGCAUCGGCUGCGAGAUGUUUGCUGAACUCAGCACAUUUUGGGACCAAUCCAGAGCCCGGGGCACAUUAGCCCCCCCAUCCAAGGAGCAAGAGAAGAAAGAACACGAGACUGUUCUUUUUAGAGACUCCAUGCUUUCGACACCCCCGCCAGUACUAGCAUUCCAACGACACGUACCAUAUGAGAAUAUACCUUAUUUAUUUCUGUGGAGGCGAGUGGCCUCCACAGAUACGUCUACUCCUAAAGAACCAAAUACCUCAAUUUUUGUGUUUUCAGUACUGUACUGUCCUGUAAAUAGAUUAUAAGCAGGUUUGUUUUCGACACUGGUGGAAAUCACCAUGUUGGAUUUUUGUUUGUUUUUUAGUUGCCGACAGUUAUAUGUUAGCUGAUUAUUUAUGACCUGGAAUAAUAUAUUUCUUCUUCUAAGAAGAUCUUUUGUUACGUAAGAAUGACUUUUUAUACAACAGAAUAAAUUAUGGUGUUUCUAUU